AUGGAGGGUCGGCCGGCUCCGGGAAGGCGGGGACGGGGCGGGAGGCCCUCGGACGGGGCUGGGCAGCCGGGCUCGGGCCGAGGGGGCGGCCGCGGGGCGGCGGCGGGCGGCGGGCUGCCCUCCCGUGACCUUCCGCGCGGGCUCCCGCUCCCGCUCCUCGCUCGCUCGGCGCUUCAGGGGCGGGCGCCGGGGACCAUGUCUGUUUUGUUUCCCUGA